AUGGCCUCCAGCAUUCCCCUCCUCCUGCGGCUCCUCUUCUUUGGUAUUCUGGCAUCUGCAAAUCUUGUCGAAUACCAAAAGCGACAAGGCAACGACUCCUCUGUACAACAAUGCCUCCAAUCGGCAGACGUACCAUUCUCUUUACCUUCCAAUUCCAGUUGGUCCCUCGACUCUGAAGCCUGGAAUGCCCGCGUCGCCCCCGUCCCAUCUGUCGUUGUCUUUCCCCAAAAUGAAGAUCAAGUCUCCUCUGCUAUCAAGUGCGCUGGAGAAAGUGGAGUCAAAGUCACCACAAUUGGCGGCAACAGAUCCUUCCAGAGCAUGGCAUUUGGUCGAACUGAUGGAGCUCUCGUCGUCAACCUGAGUAACAUGAAAGUGCUCAAAUACGACGAUAAAGCCCAAACCUUGACAUAUGGAGGACCGGUGACGAUCUCCGAGGCUGCGAAAUUCUUGUGGGAAAAGCACUCCCGCGCUCUCAUGCAUGGCCGCUGCCCAGAUGUGGGAAUGACGGGUGUAGCAUUUGGUGGAGGAUUCGGAACGCUUUCGAGACUGCACGGGACUGUCCUGGAUGACAUAGUUUCAGUGCGAGUUGCGCUUGCGGAUGGGAAGAUUGUGGAUGCUUCUGCUACGGAGAACUCUGAGCUUCUGUGGGCGGUCAGAGGAGCCGCUGCGAGCUUUGGGGUUGUAUUGACUGUUACGAUUGAGACUUUCGCGAAACCAUCGGAUACUAUUGUGUCGUAUACCAUUGGUUUCUCCGAGGAGGUGAAGAAUAUCACGAUGGAGGAGAAUGUUGGUGCUUUGACGGGUCUGCAGGCUUGGGCGCAAAGUGCUGACAAUGUGGACACCAUUUCGGUGCGCAUGGAUCUCAAAACCAAUGUUUCCAUGAAGGGAUUUUUCUAUGGAAGCACAUCUGAGUUUGAUACUGUUACGGCUGGGAUGCUGAAACAUCUACCAGCAAGGAUGUCUCUUCUGGAGCAGCAGCCGUACACUGACUUCUUGCUUUCGGAGAAUUUCACCACUCCCGGUCUUAUCGAAGGCUCCAACACAGAGCGCCGAUACUUCUACAUCACCUCAACAGUCAUCCCCGACAGCCAUCCCCUCACCAACGAAACCGCCACAAGCCUAUUUGAGAAUACUGCUUACGCACCUGCGCCUAGCGCAGGUAGAGCAUCCGGAUUUGUCGAUCUAUGGGGCGGAGCGUUCACCAAGACUGUUGCUCCCGAUGCAUCUGCUUGGAAACACGACAACAACCUCCUCCUGGUCAGAUGGGACUUGCGUGCUCUGACACUGGACAAACCUUUUACUAAGGAUGACCAGGCGAACCUGAGGAAGGGAUUUUAUGACUUCAUCAACGCUUACAAGGAUGAUGGGGGCGUUCCGCAAGGGUUCCCCAAUUAUCGAGAUGCGGAUUGGACCGUGGAGGAGACGGCCGAGUACCUUUUCGGGAGCAAUUGGGACAGAUUGAUCAAAGCCAAGAAAACAUUGGAUCCCCAGGGCGUUUUCAAUGCGGAUCCGCAGGAUGUGCCUGUCAGCUGAGUGGCCAUGUAGUUGGCUGGUGUUGGUGGUAUCUUUCUCUAGGUACAAUUCUUCUCGACGAUACAUGUGUCGAAGUCACAGUUUG